AUGGACAAAUACCUUGACACCCGCUUCGAGCGGGUAGAAAAGGCCCUCGCGACCUUUAUCGACUCAAUUGCUAAAUACAACCCCUCGGAGAAGCUGGCCGAAGACCUCGUGGCCGCCGACCGCGAGCUGGCCGCGGGUCUCAAAGAGCUCGAGCGACACCAAAACAACCACGCGCGCAUCCUCCAGCUGCGCCAAGAGACGGCCUCACUCGACCAGCAAACCAAGGACAUCAUCGGCGGGCUCUGGAACAUGCGCAAAGAAGUCAAAACCACGCCGGCGACAAACUACCCUGCCACCGGACCCAAGUACAAGUUCACCACGCAUGAGCUGCUCAACUACGCCAAGCGCAUAACCGCCAGCGCGGCCCCCACACCCGCUGCCUCCGGCCCUGUCACCACCACAACAACAGCCCCCUUCUCCCAACCCCCACCCGCUCCCUCAGCCAACCAAACCGCCCUCCCCGACGACUUCAAGCCACACAUCAAUCUGUUAACAGGCUACCAAUUCCACCCUUGGCCGACGGAGGACAAGGUGCGCAUGGGCAGCAUGGCGGCCUACCAGUCGCUGAUUUCGCGGGCCGUAGACCCCAGGGGUUAUGAUCCGGAGGAGGAAGAGAGACGCAAGAAGGAAGAAGAAGAGGCUAGGAAGGAGGCGGAGGAGAGGGCGAUACGGGAAAGGGAGGAGGAGGAAAGAAAGAUGCGGGAGGAGAGGGAACGGAUGGCGAGGGAGAGGGAGCGGAUCAGGAGAGAGGAGGCGGAGAGGAGUGGGAGUAUUUCGGGGCCGGCUGGCGGGGCGGGAGGUGCUCCGGCUGCGGCGCCAAGUGCUGGUGGUGGGGGAAGGAGCCAGUUUACUUUCUUGGAUGGGAUGGAUGAUGAUGACGACGACGAUGAGGAUUAG